GGCGGCGGGGGCGGUCGGGCAGAAGGGCCGGGAGGAGGGAGGCGGCGUCGGCUGCGCUGAGAUCCCAGAGCCUGAGCCCGGCCGGGACGAGCGGAGCGGAGCGCGGCGGCAGCGGCGGUGGCGGCGGCUGGGCCAGGAGAGGCUGGCGCGCCCGGCGGCUCUGCGAAUCCUCCGGCAUCCGCCCAGGCGGGCCGCCCCCGCCCGCGGCAGCUCCCCGAGCAGCGGCCCGGCACCGGCGCCUUCCCGGCGGGCAAGAGUGAACCAUGGAGCUACGUGUGGGGAACAAGUACCGCCUGGGCCGGAAGAUUGGGAGCGGGUCCUUCGGAGAUAUCUACCUAGGUGCCAACAUCGCCUCUGGUGAAGAAGUUGCCAUCAAGCUCGAGUGUGUGAAAACGAAGCACCCCCAGCUGCACAUCGAGAGCAAGUUCUACAAGAUGAUGCAGGGGGGAGUGGGAAUCCCGUCCAUCAAGUGGUGCGGAGCCGAGGGAGACUACAACGUGAUGGUCAUGGAGCUGCUGGGGCCCAGCCUCGAGGACCUCUUCAACUUCUGCUCCCGCAAGUUCAGCCUCAAGACGGUGCUGCUCCUGGCCGACCAGAUGAUCAGCCGCAUUGAGUACAUCCACUCCAAGAACUUCAUACACCGGGACGUCAAGCCCGACAACUUCCUCAUGGGGCUGGGGAAGAAGGGCAACCUGGUGUACAUCAUUGACUUCGGCCUGGCCAAGAAGUACCGGGACGCCCGCACCCACCAGCACAUCCCCUACCGGGAAAACAAGAACCUGACUGGCACUGCCCGCUACGCCUCCAUCAACACCCACCUGGGCAUCGAGCAAAGCCGUCGAGAUGACCUGGAGAGUCUGGGCUACGUGCUCAUGUACUUCAACCUGGGCUCCCUGCCCUGGCAGGGCCUCAAAGCGGCCACCAAGCGCCAGAAGUACGAGCGGAUCAGCGAGAAGAAGAUGUCGACGCCCAUUGAGGUCCUCUGCAAAGGCUACCCCUCUGAGUUCUCAACAUACCUCAACUUCUGCCGUUCGCUGCGGUUCGACGACAAGCCCGACUACUCCUACCUGCGCCAGCUCUUCCGCAACCUCUUCCACCGUCAGGGCUUCUCCUAUGAUUAUGUCUUCGACUGGAACAUGCUCAAAUUCGGGGCUUCCUCGAGCCAGGCUCAGCCCCGUGACAGCGACGCUAUUGCACUGCCCAGGCCCCGCCCCUGUGCCUGUGCCGGGUCCAUGUACCCACCCACGUACUGGUGCCUGGCACCCCUGGGCACCCAGGACCCUCCAGAUAGGCCCAUGGAGGAGCUGCCCGCCCCACACUCCUGGCCUGUGGUCUGGACCUCAGGGCCCCAGUUCUGACAUCCCCAGGUGUGCCUGAGCCCACCGGGGCUAGGCCCAAGGAGACAUCCCUUGGCAUGGUGGGAGUACAGUGGAGAGGCAUGAUGGAGAAGGCCCUGCUGCAAGAUUCUUGGGGACAGAUCGGCUGCCUGAUGAACAGAGCCUGAAGGAGGGACGAUGUUCACUGCCCUGGAGGGGCCUGGUGGCAAUGGGCCCCAGGAGCAGCCUCAACCGGACCCUGUCGGUGGCCUCUGUAUCGAACCUGAACUCAUUAAACGCCGCUACCUGUACUGCGUUCCAUCGUGGCGUGCCUCUUGGUGGGUGCCCUCGGCCUGCCCCACCAGAUGCUCAGGACCGAGGCCUUGUUCUCCAGGACGCUGGGAUCGGCACUUGGUCUUGUGCCCCUCCUCCCUCUGGCUCUCAAACUGUGGCCUGGUACUGUUCCCUAAGGAGUGGGGCAGAGGUUGGGGGUCCCACAGGCCGAAGGGCCCCAGGGGUGAGAGAUGGGCAGUGGGGCACCUUUCACCCCAGACCUUCCGGCUGGGAGCACAGCUGAGGGCCCGGGGCCAGCUCUUCUUGCCCCAGGGCACUGCUCAGGGCACUGGGCACCCGCUCAUCCAUGUAGAAAGCCAUUCCUGAGCCUGGUUCUGGGCUGAGUUUGGCCCUUUUCUCGGUAUAGCUCCAGGAAUGGAUUUUGCAUCGUCCAGGCCUGUGCCCUCCAACGUGGUAGCCACUGGCUACGUGUGGCUAAUUUUUAAUUAAAAUUAAUUAAAGCUGAAAACGUACUUCCUCAGUUGCAUUUGGCACAUUUAAAGUCCUCAGGAGCCACAAGCGGCUGGCUAGCGGCUGCCAUGCCCAGCAAGGCGGAUGUGAACAUACCCAUCAUCACAGAAAGGUCUGUGGGACCUGCUACUCCAGAUGGCUCCUCACACAGCUGCUCGUGGGACCAUCCAGCCGACAAGAUCUCGCCUCAAACCAGGCCGGGAGCACGCUCUCCACCCAUUGCUGGCACGCUGACCCCUUCCUGGGAUUCCCUUAGAGACAGGCCCUGGACUCAGAAGCUGAGCAAAGGCGCCAACAGCCUUAUCCUGCCCCGAUCUCUGACUUGAGGGCCAUCAUACUGGAUAAUCGGGCACCUUUGACCCCAUCACCACUGGAGUGAGCUCAACCGCCUCCGCUGCCCCUGGCAGAAGUAUCUGCAGACACGUGAUGGAGACCUUCCACACUUUCACCUCGAGACCAAGCCCCUCCCACAUCACCCCUUCCCCGCUGCAAGAAACCUUCAUCAGCACCUACCAGCAGACUGGACACCAUGCUGGACGCCGUGGGCCGCAGACUCUUCCAUGGGAAGGAUCCUGCCCUUGACUGAGAACUUCCCUCCUUGGAGUGGCCGCCUCGUAUCGUUUGGCAUCAGGGCCCUGGAAUCCCCGGAUACCUGGAGCCUGGGAUGUUGCUCUCAGCACACAGAGCCACUGUGUUCCGAGGUCUAACUAGCUGGCCAGGGGGAAACUUGACACAGCCAAGGACAGGGGUCCAUACGACACUGGUGAAUGCUUGUGUGACUCUGAUGUUGACCUUUUUGUGUUUUCACAUGGGCAAAUAAAAAGCCGAGAGAC